UCACACCCGCAGCACCCUGCCAUCCAGGUUCCAGGGGGUGGGGGCCAGGGCGGCCGCGCUCGUUUCCGGAACCGGCCCCCCUGGAGGGCGGGGAAGUGGAGCGCUGCUCCGUCCACCUUCCCCGGGGCCGGGAAUGGCGGCGUCCGGCUCCCCGGGGCCAACUCCGAGUCUGCCUGGAGGAAACGCGCCAAGCCCCACCGCCGCCGGCCCCUGGCGGGGGGAGAGAAGAAAAUGAACUUACCUCCGGACGGUCCCGUCGGCGGAGCCAGCGCGGGGAGUCCCGGGGCCCAGGAGGUCCCGGCGCGGCGGCGGCUACCGCAGUGCCCUCCGCCCCAUUGUUUCCCUUCCAAGAGGAUCCCGGCGAAGCCGAGCCCUGAAACCAGGAAGUUCCCCGGCGCGACACCUCCUGCCGCAGCUAUGGAAACGGCCCCCGCCUCCCAGGGCGGCUCGCCCGGGACCCCGCCUCCGCGCCACCGGCCCCGCCCGCCUCACGGGCCGCUGCCAACCGACGCCUUUGCGGCCGCGGCCGCCGCCAUCUUGGGGCGGCCCGGGCGGCCUCUUCCCGGCGGCACGUGCGCGCUGCUCCCGCGUUCCCGCCGGCCGCGGGGACUCGCUGCCAGGGCUACCGUGUGUGGGCUCCGUUCCCCGGGAUGCGCGGCCAGAAGCGGCACCUGGAACCCCGAGGAAGGGAGGGAGGGCGGGCCCGGGCGGCACUGGAGACCCAGGACCUGGAGCGGGGCUUCGAGGCAUUGCACGAAAACGACCGGCUUCAGCUGGUGUCAACUGGCAGGUCGAGGGAUGGACGUGUUUCGUUCCUGGCUCAACUACUGACCAGCUGUCAGGACCUUGGACACUUUAAUUUUCCCUAUGCCUCAGUUUCUUCAUCUGUAAAGUGGCAUAACAAUAGUACCUGCCUCAUAGGGUUGUUAACCUGGAAGCAAGUGCAUGGUCAGCUUUCCUUUUUUAGAUCAUGGAAAUUGUCAAGAGUUUUAAUCUCCAGAAUCGUCCAUCAAGAGGUUCCAUAAAAAGAUGAACGAGGGCACAGGCUCCGGACGCGCAGGCUCAGCGGCCAUGGCUCACGGGCCCAGCCGCUCCGCGGCAUGUGGGAUCUUCCCGGACCGGGGCACCAACCCGUGUCUCCUGCAUCGGCAGGCGGACUCUCAACCACUGCGCCACCAGGGAAGCCCUAUGGGAUGCCAUAAUAACUAAGGCCAGAAGUACAAUUUGUGGUGAGAACAGAAGAACAUAGGACAUAGAGGGAAAAAAAUCUCCAAAGCAAAUCAUACAUCCUUCACUAUCGUCUUCAGAAUAUGGAUGAAAGGGGGGAAGAGCAGUCUACCGCGGAGUCGCUGAGGAAUCUCUGGAUUCAGACAGCCUGAGUUCAAACCCCAACUCCACCACUAGCCACCUCUGAGACCUGGGUUAGUGUGCAACCCUCUGCCUCAGUUUCCUCCCCUGCAGAAUGAGGACAGCAAUAGAAACUACAUCAUAGAGUUGGCUUAGAGGACUAAGUGAGAUUAUGCAUGCAGAAUGCUUAGCCCAAUGACUAGUA